UAAUAAAUGGGUGGAGAGGAUGGCUGUGAGGGGAGGUUGGAGGCCAUUAUCAGGACUAAUUUGUGAAAUUGUUAAUUCAGUUGGUCAGGGAAAUUUUACAUUUGUCAGGGAAAAGUCAGGGAAAAGUCAGGGAAUUUCAAAGUUCAGUAAGAUGGUGACAGUGCCAUCCCCUCAGUGUGUGGGCCGCGAGUUUGUGCGCCAGUAUUAUACCCUUCUCAAUCAAGAGCCCGUACAGAUUCACAGGUUUUACACAAAGCAAUCCUGGUUUCUUCAUGGGAGGGCUGAGAAUGGACUAAAUGAACCCCCUGUGGUUGGCCAAGAGGCAAUUUACAACAAGAUCAAAGAACUCAAUUUCAAUGACUGCCACACAAAGAUAAGACAAGUGGACAGUCACUCCACUGUUGGGGGUGGGGUAGUGGUGCAGGUGUCAGGUGAACUGUCCAAUCAUGGUCAGCCCAUGAGAAGAUUUAUGCAGACCUUUGUUUUGGCUCCUGGCGAGGGACCAAGAAAGUAUUAUGUCCAUAAUGACAUAUUCCGCUAUCAAGAUGAGGUGUUUUCUGAGGAGACAAGUGAUGAGCCAGCUGAUGGUACUGUUGAUUCGGAGGGGGAAGAAGAUGUUCCUCAACCAGGGCAAGUGAGCAACAAUGUCAACAGCUACAGCCAACCUAACCAGGAGCAGGAAGUGCCGCAGGACAAGGCCAAUGACAACUUGCAUUACACAGACCAGGGACAAACCAAUGGUCCUGGAGGGUUACUGAACCAAGAUCCAUUGCUAAAUGAUAAUGUGGGUGAUGAAGAAUCCUCAGAACUGCAAGAAGUUGUCAUCGACAAACAGCCCCAGAUUCCUCACCUUGAGCCGGUGAAAGAGACACCAGGUAUUCAGCCCUUGGAGGAGAAGGAGCCUCUGUCUGCUGAUGGACAUCUUAAUGAUGCCCCUUAUGAUGAGGAGCCAGAAGAGGCUGAAGAGGAGGAGGAGGAGCUUGAGGGGCCAGGGUCUGAAACAGAGGCACCUUUAGAGGAUAUUUCUGGUGAACCAGCUGAGUCAGUGCCAGAGAAGCCGAAGACCUGGGCAGCUCUUGCAGCAUCUCGCACACCACCAGCUCAGUCUAGCUCAGCUCCAUCCACAAACUCACGCCCAGUGCGUCAGGCUCAACAGCCUCUUUCUCAGCCUGUCUUACAGCCACCACCAAGGCCCCAGCCUGCUCCUGCCCGCUCAUCUAAGGAUGCUCGUGGGGGAAUGAACACUAGAGAUGCAAGGCUGACGGCUCGCAAUGCUCCAGAUAAUCAUCAAGUGUUUAUUGGAAACUUGCCAGCAGGGGUCAAGGAUGAAGAAGUGCGCAAUGUGUUUUCUAAGUAUGGAACCAUAUUGGAAAUCAGGCUAAAUCCUAAGAACUUUGGAUUUGUGAUUUUUAACAGCUCUGAACCAGUGGAACAAAUUUUAAUCUAUCAGCCAAUCAAAAUCGGUAGCCACGAAAUCAACAUUGAAGAAAAGAAACCGAGCGGAUCAGUUGGGCGUGGUGGUGGUGGCGGCGGCGGUGGCGGCGCGAACCGUCCACGCGGUAGUUCUGGCGGUGGGGCCCGUGGAAACUCCCGCGGGGGUGCAAGUGGUGGUGGUGGACAAGCUGGCCGUGGAGGAAGUGGAGGGUCUCGUGCGAAUAACCGAGGAGGAUUUGGGACGGGUGGUGGCGCUGCAAGUGCAGGGUCUGGAUCUAGUGGACGCGCAGGUGGUCGUCGAGACAGUGGUGGACGUGGUGGAAAAUAUAAGUGACUUUGUGACGAGAUGUCCUACAUUAGUAUAAAUAAAUUAUACCAAAAAAAAAAAAUAAAUGAAAAAAGUCAAACAUUGCAACGAGCCAUGGUGGCGUUAGCUUCGCCUCUCUUUUAAAGCAUUUCUGUCCUCGUGUAUCGUGUGAUUGCUUCGUGCUACUUGCUCUGUGUUCGAGUCAAACGUCAAGUUUGCUUGCAUUUUGUCUGCUGGCAGAUAUCCUUGAGAAUGUUUUAGUUGCCAUCUUUGAAUCAUAGCAAUACAGAAAGUCACCGUGUGAGUGUGAGGUACACGGAAUGUUCCACCGUGAGUUUACUGUCGUUAUGUAGAACGCUAAAAGUGAAAACGUGAGACUUUUGUUGCCAUGGACACGCUCAUCUUCAUACAUCGCUACUGAACUUAGCGAUCUUAAUACGAAGCGAAUUUGAGAUUUAAAGAAUUGUGAACUUUUUUAGAAUAGGAACUCGUUAUAAGGAAAUACGAUGUUUGCAGUAUUUAUAUUGGAUAUCACUAUUACGAAUCACUGAGGAAUUAAAAAGAUAACUUGUGCAA